AUGAAGUACUUGGCCGCUUAUUUGUUGCUUGUUCAAGGUGGUAACGCCUCCCCAUCCGCUGCUGACAUCAAGAAGGUUGUUGAAGCCGUCGGUGUCGAGGCUGAGGACGCUAAGAUCUCCGCUCUAUUGUCUUCUUUCGAGGGCAAGGGCUCCAUUGACGAGAUCAUCGCCGAGGGUAACACCAAGUUGGCUACCGUCCCAGCUGGUGGUGCUGCUGCUGCUGCUGGUGGUGCCGCUGCCGCUGGUGGCGCCGCCCCAGAGGCCGCUGAAGAGAAGGAGGAGGAAGCCAAGGAAGAGUCCGACGACGACAUGGGUUUCGGUCUGUUCGAUUAG